CUAAACUCUCAAUCGAUGCACUCAGUUUUAUUCUUUGUUUGAGGCGCCUGACUUAUAGAGCGUUUCAUCAAAUAACAUGAGUUAAACAAACAAAAUCCAACCUUAGUCUAAUGUAACUUUCUUUGUAAUGGGUUCUUUUCGUAGCAUUUCGUAGUGUAUUUAAGUAUUUAUUCUGUGCAAAAUGUCAAAGAGGCAUGUUAUUGUUGACAUUUUCCAUGUUUGUUUGUCAUUAAGUAGAUUUCAUUUCAGUUGCAUUGCAUUAAAUAAAUUCACGUUAACGUUAAUAAAAAUAUUAAUUUCGUAGUGUGUCCCUUUGCCUGGAAUCGUGAGUUGCCGGUCGACACGACAGUGCAAAUUGACACGGAAUGAAAAUGGUAUUUAGGCUACUGCGAGUGGAUUGCGCCGAACCGUGCAAAAUACAACUUUCAGAUGGCGUUCAUAAGUUUGGACGUGGUAUUUUCCUUGAUUGCGAGGACCGGCGAGUGUCGCGGCGGCACGGGGAGCUGCGCGUGGCGGCCGGCGCCGUGGCGCUGCACGCGUUACACCAAAACCCAUGCUUUUACAUUAAGAAAGAGACAGAAGAUACAGAAAUUUUAAGAAAAGAUGAGACAGUGAAUUUGAGUAAUGGUGACAGGUUUGGUUUACUGCCGGGCUCCUACUGGUAUGAGCUGCUGGAGCUGCCGGACUCCGUGGAGCCUACAACCACUCCAGCCCUCACCACCUCUGGCAGUCCCACGGACACUGCGUGUGGCCACACUGUUGGUGAGCCACACAAGGAGUCCCCCACCCUCACACAGAGCAGCACUGAAGCUCCCGCCGACCCCAAUGAGUCUGCCGUGUUGGACUUCCAGCUCAAUGACACUCUGCAAGCUGACCCAGCUCCGGGCUCCCCAUCACUACUUGGUAGAGAUGAGCAAAGUGCAGGCGCGGCUGCUGUGACGUGUGAGAGUGACUGCGAAGCCGGCCAGGCGGCGGGCAAGCGACGGCACGCGACCAGCGAUGAGGAGGCGGCGGGCAAGCGACCGCGCACCGCCAGCAGUCACUGGCCAGUCAAGACUGAGCCGCCAGACGGAAUGCCAGAUGUCCCUGAACUAAAGCCAGAUGUUCUGGAAGCCAAGUUAGACGCUCCCGACGUAAAGCCUGAUUCUCCCGAUGUCAAGCCAGAUGUGAGCAAAAUCGACAUUGGCGCGUCUGCUCCAGGUCCGUCGACAGCGGCGCCGCCCCCCGCGCCCCCCGCCGGCGCGUCCCCCGCGCCCCCGGACGACGGCUUCCCGCGCGAGAGAUGCUUCUACGGGGCUGACUGCUACAGGAAGAACCCAGUGCACCGCGCCACGUACCGGCACCCGGGCGACGCGGACUGGGCGGGCGCGGGCGCGGGGGGCGAGCCGUGCCGCUGGGGCGCGGCGUGCCGGCGCCGGGACCCGCGGCACUGGGAGCAGGCCCAUCAUCCACCAGGAAAAGUGAAGCCGGGCGCGCGAGGCCGCCCCCGGCGCUCGUCGAGCAGCGACCCACCGAGCCCGGGCGGCUCCCCCGCGCCCGCCUCGCCCCCUCCUCGCCGCCGCCCCGCCCCGCGCGCCCCCGCCCUCGCCCCCGCCUCGCCCGACAGCGCCGCCGAGGACCCCUUCCACACGGACGACGAGGACGACUGGCUGCCCGCGUGACACACACAGCGAAUCGAAAUAAAUGAAUCCCACCAAAACAUUCAAUGUAAAAAAAUGCCAAGUCUCUCGAUGCAGUCUUUCCAUCGUAAAAAGUUAUGAGAUCUCAUAGAAGCCAAGUCCUAUUCAAAUUAUUUGUUAGUUAUAAAUCAACAUUUAGUAAUUUUAUCAAUAGUUUUCUUUAUAUUAUAAUUAUUACAGUGACUUGGCAAUGAGCACAAGAUGAAACAAAUAGAACGGCAUUUUAGGUUACUCAAACCGCAUACGUAAACAUUAGUACAUAAUCUUAAUUACUGUAUUAGGGCAUGUGUAGUCGGUAAGUCGGUAGUGACCAUCAUGAUAAACAUAAAAAAUAAAUAAGUAUACUUAAUCUAAUCACAGAUCGUCAGUAGUAACAUUUGCACAUAAUUCCAGGCUUGCUGCCUGCAGCCUUGCAGCUUUUAGUUUGUGCUCAUUGC